CAUCUGCGUCAGUUUUCUUUCACCGCAAGAAUCCCAAUCCAGAAACUACUUACGAACACGCCCGUAGAGAAAGAAGACAGGAGGAAUUGUGCUAAUGGCUUCGAUGGCGGCUUCCAAGAGGGUCCCGCUGGUGCGCGCCAUGGAGAAGCUCCUGGCGGCGGCGUCCGCCCCGGGCGCUGGCUCUGCUCUCAGGCCUGUGGCCGUCGCCGGCGGCCUCCGCGGCUACAACACUGGCGCACAACUCCGCCGCUACGAAAGGGAUGACUCGGACGACGACGUUAGCCGCCGCGACGCGCGUAACGUCGCCGUGCCCAGCUUCUUCUCAGGUUAUGUGUUUCGUGAUCCGUUCAGCUCGCCGCAGAGCCUGGGACGGCUGCUGAGCCUGAUGGACGACAUGGCGGCGCCGGGCGGCCGCGCGGCGACGGUGCGGCGCGGGUGGAACGCCAAGGAGGACGAGGAGGCGCUGCACCUGAGGGUGGACAUGCCGGGCCUGGGGAAGGAGCACGUCAAGGUGUGGGCGGAGCAGAACAGCCUGGUGAUCAAGGGCGAGGGGGAAAAGGACUCCGAGGAGGACGGCGCCGCUGCUCCGAGGUACAGCGGCCGCAUCGAGCUCGCCGGGGACGUGUACCAGAUGGACAAGAUCAAGGCCGAGAUGAAGAACGGCGUGCUCAAGGUGGUCGUGCCCAAGGUCAAGGAGGAGCAGCGCAGGGACGUCUUCCAGGUCAACGUCGACUAGAGAAGGAAUUAAGUUUCGGUAGUCAGGAAGUCACGAAUAAGCAACUCAGCCUUCAGCGUGAUGUUUUAGAUGUUUUUUCCACUCUCUCUCUCUCUCUCAUUUCGUGUUGCGCUUGGACACGAGUCCUCCGGCGCUCGUGUUGGCCUUUGUGUUACGGAUGAAAUUAAGCGACCGCCCAUUUUACACUUCUUCAAGAAAAAAUGUGGCUUAUGUAGCGUAGGGAACAAACUGAGCGUCACA